AUGAAUCUUGAUGAUUUUUCGCCAGAUUCAAUUUCAAAAUAUAUAGAUGAAGGGGGAGAUGUAAAUACUAGUAUACAAGAUGACGAAGUUCUCGCUAUAACUUGCAUUAAACAAGGUAAUCUUGAAUCAGUUAAAUUGCUUCUUGCUGCAGGGUGUUUGACUAAUGGAUUAUUACAUGCCGCAAUUUUGAAUGAUAAGUUAAGAAUUUUUACUACUCUUCUUAAAAAUGAUAUUGACAUUGACGAAAAGGAUGCAAAUGGUGAUACACCAGUGCUCCUUGCUAUCAAAACGAACAAAUUCUCAUAUUUAUUCGAAUUAAUAGACAAAGACGCAGAUUUAUCUUGUCCAGACGCUGAAGGCUUCACGCCAUUAUAUUACGCUGUUAAAUCAAAAAAUAUCGAUGUCACCCAACUUCUUCUUCUCAACCACGCGCCAGCUAGUUCUCUAGAAUUUGAGAAAUCUCCACUUUAUCAUGCAAUUCUCGAAAAAGAUAUGAUUAUGAUUGAUCUACUUCUUACAUAUGGAGCUUGUCCAUCUCAAGAGAACGAGGAGCAUGAAUCGUUCUUAUCUCUCGCAAUAAAAGUAAAUUCGCCAGACAUUUUUAAGAUUUUAAUGUCUGUUGGAGCUACAGCAACAAAUAUUUCUCAAGAAACAUUACAAGAACCUUACUUAUCCAUAUUUUUAGACAACUCUGUACCUCCAGAUAUUGAAAACGUUCAAUCUCAAGACUUUGACUGCACAAUCAAGAACCUAAAAGAAGAUUUCAUAUCAAUGAAAGAAAAAUUAGAGGCCGCGGCUGAAAAAUACGCAAAUUUCGAUUUUAAGACAAAUCUUAUUUCUCCGAUUAUCAACAACCAAAACGCCAUGGUUUCUACUUUAACACGCUUCAUCAAGCGCAUCGAUACCCACUCCAAAAUGCUCUAUAGGAAGCGAGUUUUCCUAAUAAAUUCACAAAUGGAGUCUUUAACUUACUUAGAAGGCACGAAAAUAUCUAAAACGUUCGAUUCAGAUGAACUAGAAUGGAUGAAUAUGCUUACCAGCCUCCGCGACAAGAUGAAUGAUGGUUCUUUAUUUUCAGAUGAAAUUCUUAAAGGAAAAAUCGAAAAAAUGCUUCAUUGCGAGGACGAAACAUCAAAUGUAGUACGUGUAACGAAGCGAUUGAACAAAGAAAACCUUAGAAAAGACCGAAGCCAACUUGUUUUUUGCAACCAAGUUUUACUAAAAUUACUGGAAUUGAUCAGAGAUAUAACAGAGACGUAUCAAAUGACCAAGCCAGUGAUAUCAGGAACAUUUAACUUGGCAAUGAAGACCAUGGAAAUGCUUCUGAACAUGGUAAACGGAAUUAGACAGAUAAAUCUGAAUGUUGCCUCAAUUGAUUCGAAAGCAGAAAGGGACUGCAAGAUGGAAGAGGCCUUCUCUGUUGCUUACGAGAAAUUGCAGACAGAUAUCUCUUUCCUGACUUAUCAUAUCAAUCAGUUUGAAGAUAUUUCAAUUCUGACAGAGCGUUGUAUCAGAAUGUGUAUUCAAUAA